AUGGCCACUAACGAGGCUAUGGAGGAUGUGCCAGGCAGUAAGAGGCCGGCGCUGGACAUUGAGUCCCUGAAGCGCAAGAAAUUCAAGGCCGAUGACCUACCGUUGUCUGCCGCGCAACAUGCAGCUAUCGACAGACUUCUUCAUUCGUUCAGGAAGAAGGGCGGAUUCGACAACAUGAGAAAGCAGAUAUGGGCUGAAUUCAAUGAUGGGGAGUUCAAGACCAAUUUUACUGAUCAAUUGAUCGCAUUGGCCGAGUCCGAAAUUGAGCGCGAGCCAGCACAUCUAUCUCGUGAAAGGGGAAAAGCUGCGACACUAAUUGAAGGUGCUGUUGACCGUGGCGAUGUCUACAAAAACGUGGAGAAAUCCCUCGACCAACUAGCCUCGAAACAUCUCGAAUCGAUCCUGGGUGAUAUUCGCGCCAUCCGUCGGCAAGAAAUUGGCGAAGAAGCAGCCGCCAGGGAGGAAGAAGCCGGCAGUAAAACAGACGAAGCCUACGAGGCAGAGGUGAAAGCCAAACGGGAAGAGCGCGACAAGGUCUACCGCGAAGAACUGCGCAAACAAAAAGAAAUCGAGGAGGAGCAAGAUCGCAUUACGGCAGAAGAGAAACGAAAGAAGCGAGAAAUUGAGCGACAGAAAGAAGAUGAGGAUAGGGCUCGACGAAGGGAGAUCGAUGAACAACGGCGCGCUGAACGUGAACGCAUGCGCGAGGAGCAGCGUGCACUCGAUGACCAACGGGAACGAGAGCGCCAAGAGAGAUAUGAGCGACGACGACGGGAGGAUCGAGACCGAUACCGAGAUUAUGAUCGCGAUCGCAGUCGAACGAGAGAUAAAGAUCACUACCGUGAUCGCUCACCAGCAUAUCGCUCUGACCGUGGUCAUUCUCCCCGAAGCCGUGAUCCGAAACGCGAGAAGUCUUCUACAUCGAAGGAUCCGACCCCUGUACCUCCAGUUGAUGAGAAGUCACUAGAGGAGGCUGCUUUGCAAAUGCUCCUGAGAGAAGGUGAGGAACUCGCUGCAAAGGCUCGACAGAAGCGUGAGUUCGACUUUGAAGAGGCCGAGGCCAUUGAAAACGGCUUGAAACCGGCAACAUCUACACAGGCGAGGAGUGCCAACGAUCUUAAAGUACCUAGCAUUUCGAACAGAGGUGCCAGUCUCUCUCAGGAUUCUAGGCGGCGCGAUUCAGUUGUGGAUCGUGAUCGAACUCGCCACACCAGAGAACGCAGUCGAAGCCGUAGCAGGUCUCGUCGUCGACAGGCGUCUCGAUAUGAUCCUAACCGGCGUCGCGAUCGCUCUCGUGAUACUUCUGUGAGGUCUCGAGAUCGCGCCAUGGAUGAACGACGCGGCUACCGUGACUUCCGAGACGAAAGAAGCUACCGACCUGCACGUCGCAGCCGCAGCCGAUCUAUUGCACGAGGGGAUAGAGAGAGCGAUAGGAUCCGGGAGCGACCACGCUCUCGAUCGCGAGACCGAGACUUCGACAGGCGCCGCCAUGAUCGCAGCCGUGACAGAAGUCGAGACCGCGGUGAUGCGUACCGUCCUCGCCGCAGGUCUUUCUCUCGUCGCCGCUCGCGUUCACGAUCCCGCUCGCGUCCGCGUGUUCGGGACCGUCCCCGCUCACGCUCAAAGUCGGCUGUCCCUGAGACAGCGCUCGCGUUCUCGGUCUACUGUACGGAGAAGAUCACGUUCCAGGCGCCGUUCCCGCGAGAGACGUUCAUCGCGGGAAAGACGCCGGUCUCCUGGUACUGGCGACAUUGA